AUGGCAGAACUCUGUGGAUUUGUGGGUAACCCUGACGCCUAUGGGUUGGGAAUCCGGACAGGAAUAUAUACCCAAGUCAUCUCGACGCUCAUCACCAACCACUUUCUGCCCCAGGAGCUAAACAGCACAUGGACCGCCAACCUCAUCUUCGUUUCAGCCUUGAUUCUGGCUCUGGUCAAAUCUAUUAGCCAGUCGAAUGGGUUCUUCGCCGCGGAAGGGUUUGUACUCCUGCAACUUAUUCUGCUGUUCUUUCUCGCCGUCAUCAGUGCCUCUGGAGGGGUCUUUGUGCUGGUAGACCUUUUCUGCUCCUUCCUCGAUGGAAGUCUGGAUGCAGAAACUUACAAAAUGCUGAAGCAAAUUUCAGACCCGAACGAAAAGAUCCUUUUGCCGACACAGAAGCUGUCGAAGUUGGGCCGGGCGUAUUCUGAUGGAUCUCCAUUGAGGUACACAGCACGUCUCAUGCUGGCACUGGCCACGUCGAGUCUGAAUCUGUGGUAUUGGAUAUCAGGUGCUCAAAUUCUGCAACAUGACACCGCCGGUUGCUCCACCAAAGUUUUCCUGUUUGUCCGAGUCGGCGUGACAGGGCCUGUGCGAACUUUCUUCAUUGUAAUGGGCACAUUCUAUGCCGCCUGGCACUUUGUCAUUCUGCUCUUUGGCACGUUUCCCUUUCCCCAGCUUGGGUCGAAAGAUUCUGUCAAGGAAAUGUUUCUCGCCGCGUUUGAUCCGAGGAGCCCUGCGGAACGUGCUCGAUCAAAGGGAAUCAAAGGUCUUCUAGACGAAGAGCUCCACUCGCAGAAGCAGCACAAACAGACCCCAAGCAGCAAAAGAAUCCUUCUAUGCUUGCACAUCGUCAUGUUCACCUGGAGCAGCGCCGUCAUUGUCUAUUCCAUACUGGCCGUUGAGCUCACAUUGGCAUGGAACCACGUGAGAGGUGUGUACGAUGUGAGCUCGACGGGACAGUUGAUUCCGCUGUUUAUCGGAUUGGUUGGACUUGUCCGAGCCGUUUUAUCUGCUCUGGUCGAACAUUCCGGUCGUAUCAAAAAGAAAUCUGCAGAUCGUCCGCCGAUUAUUUUGCAGCAAGACACCGGUGCCUAUCGUUACUGGGUUCCGCCUUCGGACAAAAGGCCUCAAGUUAUAAGCUUCAAAGCAAGGAGACCCGAGAGACGGUGGAGUUGUGAUGGUGCGAUACCUAAUCCCAACGACACAGAGGCGCCCACGGUCGAGUGGGUGAAGACGCAUGAAGCACCUGAUCCAGUCUCACCAGUCCAUCCGGAUUGGGAAGAGAAGCGAUUGAGGAAAGAGGCAGGUGUGCGUCCACCGCCAAAGGUACUGUGGCCAACAGCUCGAUUCAUUUACGAAGAUGGCAGUGGCCAUCGCCACGCUUUUCAUGAUACUUUAAUUGCUCGUAGAAUAAGCUGGCAUGCUGGAUUUACAUAUCGGCCACCCACCGAGCCACAUCGCGAGAGGGAAAUUUUUCAGACGCCACUGCGUCGACGCAGGCAGGCUUUUCAACAAGAAGAAAAACGAAAGAAUUGGUGGAGGCGGAAAUUGGCCGACUUGGAACGCCAGAGGGAGACUAAGAAACACGCCGACAUUGCGGACCUCUCGAGUGAGCGAUGGCAACGAUUCAGAAGCCAACAAGACGACGGCUCGGGGUCAGACCUAUCCCGUCGAUCAUCGAGCUCAGCGCCUACUGAUGUCUCAGGACCGCCGUGGCUGCCUGCUGAUGUGGACAACGAGACUUUGCUAUGGAUGCGAUCCUACAAUGAAGCCUUUCCACCAGCAAGACGCUCCGUCCUUUGGUUCCGUUCCACGAAUAGUCUCAGGGACAUCAACAGUGUGUAUAGCGGGAUAGAUGGGCGCGACAUGCCUUUUUUGCGAUCACUACGGGGUGAGCCAUACCGAAGCAGUGAUACUAUGGUCUAUGCGCAGAGAAGCUCAUCAGGACCGCGCGGAGGAUCGAGAUGGGGCCACUUCGACCGCCCAAGCUCAAGGCUGGACAGUCCGUACUCCAGCGCGUCCUCUGUAGUAUUUGUUCCAACCACCCGCCGGGGAAGGAGGAAUCGCUCGACAAUUCCGGGUGGAGGUUCGCGUUCUCGCUCUGGCUCUGGCUCUGGCUCUCGGUCUCACUCCGCGGCCUCGUCACGCUCGCGCUCGCGCUCACACUCAUCCUCAGGUUCUACAAUCUCGAUCAAAGGGAAGCGCCACUGGCCCAUUGGCUACAUCAUCCUCGGUCUCUUCAUGAUUGCUGUUAUGUUCGUGUUCAACCGCUGCCAAGCUUACUUCUACGAACGGCGCGUCAAGGCCAACGCAGACCCGGGCCCUGUUCGAGCCCACGCAGCCCUCUACUACUGCCCCAGAUGCGAUCAUGACCUGCGGUCCUACGAGCAUACGAGAGAAUGGGUCACUGUGCGGCCACCGAAGUCGAAGGUGAGCCGUUGGGAUAGGCGUGAGUUUUUUCGCAAAGCGAACGAGGACUUUGGUCCGGCGUAUACGAAACGAACACUUUUCUUUCUCGCUGGGUUACUCCUCAAUCGUUUGGCACAAUAUCGGUGGACCAAAGAACUCGGCCAUCUGAUACGAAGUCGCAUGGAGCCAAUAUUGGAGGCUCAACGAGCAUUCGAGGAGGAGGAGGAAUCCAAGCGCGCAGAGAGCGCAUUCAGUCCCGUGUGA